AUGAAAUGAAUUGCAUAGUGUUAUUUGUGGGAAGUUGCAGCACCGGUCGGCCGUUAUCGCAGGAUAAGGCGUAGGCGAAGCAUCUUCAACGUUGAUUUGGAACGUUCCAUUGAGUAUAUUUUGUGACAGCAAGGCGAAGCAGCAGCAGAUUCUCAAUUGCUUUUGACAGUUGAAAAUGACUUGUUGUGGUUUAAUAAUUGAGCGUGCCGAUCGUGAGCCGAUACCAGUGCCCUUAACUGGUGUCUCCGUCCAGGCACGCAUUAUCGACUUGGUUGCCGAGGUAACCAUUCAGCAACGCUACGUAAAUAAAGAAAAUCAACCCAUCGAAGCUGUUUAUCUUUUCCCACUUGAUGAAGGAGCUGGAAUUUGCAAAUUUACUGCCGAAGUAGACGGGCGUGUCAUCGAAGGUGUUGUCAAGGAAACGAAAGAAGCACAGGAAGACUAUGACGAGGCAAUCCAGAGCGGACAUUCGGCUUUUUUGGUUGAAGAGAAACUACCGGAUGUCUUCAAGGCUAAGGUAGGCAACUUAGCUGCUGGUUCUGGGGCCAAAAUCAGCUUAACUUAUGUCACGGAAUUAAAAGUGGAAGGAAAGGAAAUCCGUUUUUAUUUACCGACGACCAUCGCUCCACGCUAUGUUCCUAGCAGCGAUAAGUCUAGCGCGGCGGCUGACCUGGCAUCGGUCCAAUAUACAGAGCAAUCCAAUUAUCAAGUUGAAUUUAACGCCAGCGUGCGAAUGGCAUCGGCCAUCAAAGAAAUACGUUGUCCAACACAUAAAAUUGCUGUUGAUCUCGAUGCUGCCACGCCAUUGAAUGGGACGUUUCGUUUAGACAAUGUGGUGACAUCCAUGGAUCGCGAUCUCGUCUUUUACAUUCAAGUGGCCGAGCCGAACCAGCCACGGCUUAUUCAUGAGAAAUCCCCUACCGGUACAACAGCCAUGAUGUUAAGUCUGGUUCCUACCUUCAAAUUGGCUGAUCAGAAGACCGAAUUAAUUUUUCUUGUGGAUCGUUCGGGUUCAAUGGGUGGGGUCGGAAUUGGGCAGGCUAAACAAGCGCUCAAGCUAUUUCUUCAUUCACUGCCCUUGGAUUGUUACGUGAAUAUUGCGGGGUUCGGCUUCACCUACGAAGAACUCUUCCCAGAAAGCAGGAAAUACGAUGAAGUGAUCCUGAACACCGCAAAGGCCUACGCUGAAAAAAUCGAUGCGAAUUUGGGAGGUACUGAAAUACUGCAACCAUUGGAAAUCAUUUUCAAGAAACCGCCUAUCGAUGGCUACUUACGUCAGGUGUUUGUUCUCACGGAUGGAGAGGUGUCCAAUGCGAACGAAGUUCUAAGUCUGGUCCGUCGUCAUAAUGGACAAGCCCGAGUCUUCGCCUUAGGAUUGGGAAGCAGCGCUAGUCAUCAUCUAGUAGAAGGAAUGGCCCGUGCGGGCAACGGAACGGCGCUCUUUGCGUCUCUAGAAGAAAGAUUGGAGAAGAAAGUCAUGCAACAACUUCAGGAUGCUCUACAGCCGUCUCUUACCGACAUCAAGGUGAAAUGGGAAGGGCAUGAUGAAACUGAACAAUCACAUGCUGUGGCCAGCAGACCCGUUCAAACUGAAAAGACGUUGAUGGGAUACGGUAAACCGCUGGAAGCCGAUCCUGCGACGACUGUCUGUGUUGAAACACCAGAAAAGAAAUUCCGGCAGGCGCCGUGCAAUUCCAUGAUUCCUGCCGUUUUCGAUGGAAGGCAUUUGAUAGUGUACGCCCUGCUCGCGGAGGAUGCUCAACUGCCGAAAUGGGCUGAGGUCGUUGCUGUUUCUCCAGAUGGUCCUCUAACGCUGAAAAUAAACGUGACUGCAUCUAAUUUGGAACAAGGCCAAAUUAUUCACUCUUUAGCGGCGAGGAAACUGAUCCAGAUCCUGCAAGACAGAGAAGGGAAUAAUGAAGAUACAAACACUAAGAAAGAAAUAGUUCAACUUGGCUGUCGAUAUGGAUUAGCAUCGAAAUACACUUCGUACGUGGCUGUCGAUCCCAAAGUGCAGAAGGAACUCAAAGAAUCCUGGAUGAUGAUGAAGUCACGUGAUGUUCCUCUCCAUAUGGCUCACGGUUGGGGUGGUGGCUUUCGUUUAGUUGCGCAGGGCGGAUGCGCACCAGUGGCAAUGGCAUGCUCCAGUGCGCCCCCGAUGAUGCGAUCUGCCAUGGCACACAGCCUCAACAGUCAACCCCCGAUGAUGAAACGUAGCAUGGCACGCAGAGCUAGUCCUUCACAAGCAGCUAUCCAAUGUGACAGUAUAGUUGGAAAACAGAUGCCACAAUCUUUUGACAUGCAAGGGGAUGCUUUCGACAGCGUUUCCUUUGGAAUGCCCCGUGGUGCGGCUAAUUUUGCGGCUUCCAUAGAAAACCAUCCGGAGGAGAUCGUACCUGAAGGAAACACGAAUGACGACAAGUUAAUAAAACUCGUAUCAAGCCAAAAUUUUGAUGGUUCGUUUAAACUGGAAAAAACAUUCGCUAGUCUUCUCGAUACGACAGUAGAGGACAUCAAACAAGCCGGACUGGAACAUUCGUACAGUGAACAAGUAUGGGCUACUGCUGUUGCUUUGGCGUACUUGUCGAUUGCGCUGAUUGACCUGCAGGAUACUUGGAUGUUGGUGGCUAAAAAAGCGGAAUCUUGGUUGCGUUCCUCCCUUCAACCUACUGGAGACGAUGUCACUUGCACGAAAGCAGCCCAAGAUUUUGUUAAAUCGAAAUUAAAUUUGUGAAAAACAUCGUCAUCAACUUGGAAUGUGGAUCGAACGACGUUUUUGCUUUUGCUUUUCUUUCACUUGUCAGCAUAAGGCAGUUCCUUUGUUAUACACAAACAAUGUCAUGUUUGGUAUUAUUAAUCAGUAUUAUACAUGGUUUGCUUAGUUCAAAUAUUAUAUGAAUAUAUAGAAUGUUCAACUUA